UUUUAAUGUGGUUUGACUGUAAAGAAUGUCGACCCUUUUAGCGGCUCUCUGUGUUGUAUUUACUGUUUGUACAGGUAAUCUCGUUUUUGUGCUCUCACGUGCAAGUACUAUCCCUUACACUUUAUAUAUGCUUUGUUUUAGCGUUUGAUCACAGUGUGUAAUGUUCUUCUGGUAUUUUCUUGGACGUUCGGUUUUGUCCUUUUGUGUUGAAGCUUUGGUUAUGGUAUUUUUACCUUGUAAUGAAAUCUCGGCGUUUAAACAUGAUUGAUGCUGAUCUUAAUAUAAGACAUUAGGCAUAUCAGUAGGCCUGAUGCGCCAUUGCAUGGCGUAAGAGAGGGAAUUUCUGUACAGCGUUUAUAAUUACUAAUUCUCUUUUCUGACACGCCGUAUUUAGUACCUAUUCGUUAUGGUUUACCUUAUAAUGACAAAGAAUGAUUGAAGAUACAAUACUAUAUUUUCCGUUGUGUUUUAAUAUUGUGACUCUAAAUCAAAAAGAUGUAUACAAUUGCAACAAGCAGACCAGUUAAUACUCGUACCUCCUAGUAAGCUAUGUCUAGAGCCACUUCCGUACUUAUUUCUGUAUGUAUAUCAUGAUAACGGCACGGUUUGGUAACUGAUCUCUUAAUACAAUAAAGGAUCCGUUUAAAUCAAGUCCAAAACGGGCACUGAUUGUUUUCCAAGUUAUGUUGGCUUUGGAGGAUUAACCUCAGUGAUCAUAUGUGAAUAAAUGUAAUACUUGCAUCAAGUAAACCAAAAAUAGAUGAUUAAGUUUGAUAUCACUUAUUUGAUAAUACAUUUCAUAGUUCAGAUUUUGAAGCAUAAAUGAGAUUAAAUACCAACUACAAAACUAACUAUGCGUUAGAUAUAUUGUCACAAAACGUCGUCAUGUAAUGAAGGUAUCACUUACCAUGUUGCCUGGGUAGACAGGUAAAUCUUUUACUUUGGUAGACAGGUAAAUACGCCAGGUACCCAGAAACUUGACAUCGUUCACCUGUCGCCAUGACGAGCUGUAUUGGAAACUUCCUGUUUGGAAAUGAGAUGCAAAAUGCUGCUUUCGAGCAUUGGGAGGAAGUGAUACAGGCAAAGCACACAAUUGAAAUGAGAGUCUCAAAUCAACUCAACAGCCGGGCACUAUUACAACCGGAAGUUAGACUGUCCAAAGGAAAGCUGUUCAACGAAUUCCCGGUGAUCCCUUCCGGUAAAUCGAGUGACAACCUGCUGUACAAAACCCCAUGGACUCUUAGGGGCGUUGUAGGACUGGUGACAUAUCUGAUAGAGGGAACCGGCCAGAUCGCAUGUAUAUUCUUCAGUAACCCCUUAGUUGGAUCAAAUAUUCUUGGACUACAGUGGAAGACGUUGGAAGAUAUGGACACGGAAACUCGAGAAGAAAUGAUUAUCAAUUUUGAAAAGAAACAAAAUGUGAACGCUAAAACCUGGAAGACGGACGAUAUACCCUGUCAUUAUCAGCUAAUAGGUGAGGGGUUCGUUGUUAAGGCCGCUAUGAGCGGAGCCAGUAAGGUUGCCCUCCACGUCACCCUCCUUGACGCUAUUCCAAAAAUGGAACGAUCUGUAACGGUGUCCUCGUGGAUGGAAACCCAACACAAACGGAAUAAGGAUUAAGAAUCAUUCGGAAUACGUGUGAUGAGAAAUGGCGCAUGGAAAUCGGUUUAUAUCGUGCAAUAGGAUGUUGACAAACAUUUAUUUAUUUCUGUUUCAGAGAGAUGCAACACAUACAUGUCCUGAAUAAAAUAAAAUAAAACUCUUGAUUUGAUUAGAAGGAACACAACAAGUAACAGGUUAGCCUGCAUUCAUGUUCAUUGCAUGGCUUCAAAACACCCCUUAAUCUACUGUGAAAUCACUACUUUUUAAAAGGUUUUUAAUUUCGUUGAUUUCAUUGGUAAUCUUCAUCCACGAAUGCA